CAGCAGUUACACUCUGUUCUGCGAAGCAAAAGUCACAUUUGUUUAUUAUCGUGCAGACGUGUUUAAUUCGCACUCGUUGGGUUUUUUUGUUGAGAAACACCUGUGCCAAAAUGAUUAAAUAAACCAAUUUUCAUUCGGUUCUCUCUUCUGAAUUCUAUCAAAGUGUAUUUGCAUCUAACAGUUGAUAGAACAAAUGUGAAUACCUAUCAGUAACUGUAACGAUGAAUCGAAAGAAAGUGUUUUUGUAUUUGAGUUUCUUUUUGUAUAUUAAAUUAUGUGCAUCAAAGCACAACCAGCACCAAGAUAAGAAGAAUGAUAAUCCGGGAUUCUAUGGAGCCGGCGAUAAAGUUGUCGUGCUAUCGAAGUCAAAUUUCAAAGAUGUUAUCUUUGAUCAAAAGUAUGCUUCCUAUGUUGAGUUUUACAAUUCGUACUGUGGCUAUUGUCGCAGAUUUUCACCAACAUGGAAAGAAAUAGCAGAGGAUCUGGAUACAUGGCGAGAUGUUGCUAUUGUAUCGGCCAUCGAUUGUUCAGCGGACGAAAAUAACGGUCUGUGCAGAGACUUCGAGGUGAUGGCCUAUCCUACCAUUCGUUACUUUUCUCCACACCACACAGACAAUAAAAAAUUCGGCAUUCCAGCUGAAGGUCAAGAACGUCGGUCGCUUCGAAAACAGUUAGUAACUUUCCUAAAAAAUGAAACCAUUGUGCCACAACAUUGGCCCUCGUUGAAGCCGCUCACACAAACCAACAACAAAAUAUUAUUUUUAGACGUAAAGGACAUAGUAGAAUUUAUUUUUAUAAUUAACUUAGAGGAGAAUUCGACUGUUGGCCACGAAGUGGCAUUAGAUUUACAUUCCAUCGAUCAAAUUCUUAUUCGACAAGUCGAAUCGGAACACGUUGCGAAUAAAUUGGGAUUAGCUCCGAAACCGAGUCUGACGGUUGUGAAUCGCAACAAUGAAUUGGUACCAAUGACGAUCGCAGAAUAUGAUCGGCCAACAAUUCGAAAUGUGAUUCAGCGGUUUGCUAGCAAUCGAGGAAUUUCAACUGUAAUCAAUAUGAUUGACGUGACGACACCGAAACCGGUAUUUGCCAGCGAUAAUGACGUAAUGAUUAUGAAGCAAAAUGAAGAAAUUGUUAGCCAAGUCAAGAAUAUGAGAGACGUGGUAUUCCAAGCUGACUUAGAGAAAGCCUUGCGAUACACACUAUUCCAUGAGGUUCCCAAAUUCACCGAAAUUACUGGAGAGAAGAAGGUUGCGUUGGGAAGAUACAUUGCCAUUGUGACUAGAUACUCUCCACUUGGUCAUAACGGACGUCGUUUUCUACAAGCUCUUCUCGAGUAUGUUAUGGAAACGGACGAAAUAAAUGGCGAUUCUUACGAAGUGAAAAUCAAGCAGCUAGAAAACCAAUUCCGUCCAGUUUUCUCGUCAGAUCGUUGGGUCGGUUGUCAACCAUCAUCCGGUACACCAACUCUUCGAGGAUUUACAUGUGGCCUUUGGUUUCUAUUCCAUUAUUUAACCGUACAAGCUGCUGAAUCGGAAACUUCGACCGAUCCCUUGGAAGUGUUGCACGCCAUUCAUGGUUACGUAAAAUACUUUUUCGGUUGUUCCGAUUGUAGUUCCCAUUUUCAAUCAAUGGCGGUAAAUAAACGGAUCUGGAAUGUCCAGACGAAAGACGAUGCCAUACUAUGGCUAUGGAUGGCUCAUAAUACCGUAAAUAAACGACUUCGGAACGAUGUGACCGAGGAUUCCAUAUUUCCGAAAAUUAAAUUUCCGAGCGCCGAAAUGUGUCCAACUUGCAGACGACUGCCGUUGACGUCUUUCAACGUGAACGAUAAAUCCGAAUGGGAUAAGAAUGAAGUGUUAGAGUUCUUCAAGCGGAUCUAUUCGCCGUUAAAUAUUAGUCGAUUGGGUGUUGAAAAUGAAGGUGCAUUGCCACUGACCUUGGAGGCGUUGCGUGAAAAGAGAUUGUUGGGUAAUGUCUUCACCGAUAUGGAUAUGAGGAUGGGAAUAUUCUUGUAUUUAUUCUGCAUUGGGGUGAUGAUUUUUACGGUAAAAUUCUUUCUGCGACGAAGAUAUCGACGGAAAAUGUAUUCGCACGAUUUUUUGGGCAAGGUGUAGUAGAAGUGUAAGGAUCUGAGAUCCGAUAGAAAUAAUGAAUCAACGAAAAUUCCAAUUGGCGCAACGAAAAUUUUUAUUUUAUAUUUUUCUAACAAAAAUUCACAAAUUAAAGUUUAAAAGUUUCUUUUUUAUUUAAAAUAUUUUAUGUUUAACUAAACUGUACUGUAACUUAAUCAAAUGGCUGUAUAUGAAACAUAAAAAAAUGUAAAAUUAAAUUUUAUAGAAAAAA